AAAGAGUUACAACUAAAGCCUAAAGAAUCCUUUGUGACUGUUGAGAGUAAAGCACAGAAUAAUAUUGGUGCAGAAUAUGUGCCGCAUGGUAACACAGAAAAAAACUUGGUAGUGAAUCAAAGUUGCAUGAUGCAGAUUAGUGAAUGUAGCAGAUUAAUGUCCAUAGAUAAUCAUGUGAGGGGAUUUGUGGGGCUGAGUGCUGCGUGUGGGUGGAGGUGACAUCCGGUCAAAUACAUCACAUUUACAGAUUAUGAGGCAAACUGCUCUGCUACCUGCACCACAGUGUCCUGCAUGCCCUUCAGAGCCCUUCUCUUAAUACGCUCAAACACAACAGCACCACCUGCUGAAAGGAUUUGGUUAUUACUAUGUACUAUAGUUCUGACUAUGUACUAUCUACCAUGAUUGCAUUACGUCUUGUAUUGUAUAUUAAAACUUUAGUUUAUGCUUGAGUUAGCUCAUUGUUUUAGAGCAAGGGUUCCCAAACCGUUCAGGCCAGGACCCCCAAAAUAACUAUGCAGCCAACACCCUCCAAAAUAAAAUCAGUGUCUAUAAUAAUCUCCUGCAAAGCCAAAGCAUUUAAAAUCAGGUUUAUUGUGUUAUUUGACCUCAUUUCAUUAAAAUAUAUUGUUAUAUCUUCUCACAUCAUGAGCCCCAGGUCAGUGCCACAUGACCCGCGGGUAGGGUUGUUCCGAUACCUGUAUCGGCAAAAGGUCCGAUACCGCAUAUUUUUCAGGUAUCAGUAUCGGCGAGUACUCAUACCAAAUCACUGAUCUGAUACCACGGUUUUUGAAUGAGGACCCAUAGAUGCGAGCAGCUGCUGUUUACCUUGGUGGCUAAUGCUCUCGCAGAUGCUCAGAGCAGGUUAAACAGACUGUGGAGGCUCUGCAGACACUUAAGACACACUCAUAAUAACAGAAAAGGCAUUUGCGUUACCUCUUUGAUACCUUCAUUUAGCCUUUAAUGUGGACACUCAACUUGGUAAAGUAAACUGGGAAAGUGCAGCUCGAGAACAGCAGCAACAGCCCUAACUCACACUUUGUUUGCUCUGCAGAAUGGUCCAUGUGCUCCAGGAUGAGCCUCUUUUUACACACCUCACUGUUGGCUUUAUCGACACUGUGGUAUAAAGUGAAAGUGCUUAAAUCAGCACUAUUUACUGUCAAGAUCAUUAUGUAUUUCACCAAUAAUUGAAUUCUCCAAAUUGUAUUUACUCUUGCCUUUCUUUAAAAAUAGCCUUUUAGAAGAUUUAUUUUUUUGCUCUUGCAUAUUACAAAUUAAGUAGCCUAAGUGUUCUUCUCUCUAUUGUAUCAGACUGGUAUCGGUAUCAGCGAGUACACCAAGGCCAAGUAUUGGUAUCGGAUCGGAUCCCUCCCAAAAAUUGUAUCGGAACAACAAUACCUCCGGGGGCCCCGACCCCCCACUUUGGGACCCUCUGUCUGAGAGCUAUAUCAACAUUUUUGCGUUAUUAACUUAACAUUGUAUAGCAGAUGUUAAAGUAAAAGUCAGCACAUGCUAGGUGACUCUUUUUGUAUUCUUUUUAUUUUGCAUAGACUUUUUGAUUCAAGUCGGUUUCUGAGAAGUUUCAUCAUUCUGUAAUAGUAUUUUUCUUAAUUUGAUGAGGGAUUUAACCUCGUGUCCCUCAGGGCUCUGUGCAUGUGCCCCUGCUCUUUUCCAGUCAAGCCUUGUCCUGUUUCUGAUGUACCUUUUGAAGGCUCGUUGUGUGGUUUGAUGUGUUGUUGCAUAUCUUCCAGCAUUAGGAUCUGUGGGAAAUUAUGACCACAUCAACAGGUCAAUGACGUUGCAAGGGGCCAGUAAUGCAGAGAAGUUUGAUUAUGUUAUGAACUUCAUGAACAAACUGGCUGGAAAUGAGUACGUGGGCUUCAGCAAUGCUACUUUCCAGUCAGAGCGGGAGUCUGGAGACAGAAACUUUGCCAUCGGCUAUUACCUGAAAGAGAAAAAGUGUUUUCCAGAGGGCACAGACAUGACAUCAAUUCUGGACUUCUACUUCCAGCUGUGCUCCAUUGAGGUGACUUGUGAGAGUGCCAGUGUCAUGGCGGCCACACUGGCCAACGGCGGCUUCUGUCCAAUCACAGGAGAGCGUGUGUUGAGCCCGGAGGCAGUGAGGAACACUCUGAGCCUGAUGCACUCCUGUGGCAUGUACGACUUCUCAGGGCAGUUUGCUUUCCACGUGGGGCUGCCGGCUAAAUCCGGAGUGGCUGGUGGUAUCCUGCUGGUGGUUCCAAACGUCAUGGGCAUCAUGUGCUGGUCUCCCCCUCUGGACAAACUUGGCAACAGUGUGAGGGGCAUCCAGUUCUGCACGGACCUGGUUUCUCUUUGUAACUUCCAUAACUAUGACAAUCUGAGGCACUUUGCCAAGAAGCUGGAUCCUCGACGAGAGGGAGGGGACCAGAGGGUGAAGUCUGUCAUUAAUUUGCUGUUUGCUGCCUACACUGGAGAUGUGUCCGCUCUAAGGAGGUUUGCACUGUCCUCCAUGGACAUGGAGCAGAGGGACUACGACUCCAGAACUGCCCUGCAUGUGGCCGCAGCGGAAGGUCAUGCGGAGGUGGUGCGCUUCCUGCUCGAGGCCUGUAAGGUCAACCCAGUGCCCAAAGACAGGUGGGGAAACACUCCUAUGGACGAGGCCGUGCACUUUGGUCACCAUGACGUUGUGACCAUCCUGAAGGACUACCACAACAAAUACAACCCCUCAGACAGCAACAGCAGCAAAGACAAGCAGAGUGCUGAGAAGAACCUGGAUGGGAUGCUCUGAAAGAAGCCUCCUACAUGUACACUACACUACACACUGGACCCCAGGACCAGGGGACCUACAUAAGCACACCACAGAGAUGAUUCCUCUACAACCCUUCAGUACACCCUCCAGUAUCCUCUGUACUCAGUGUUGUCCUGUUCUUUUGACGUAGCCAAACACCCUUUGUUUUGUUUGAACUUUUGUUAAAUACAGUUUCCACAACACAGGCACAGUAUGGAAGGGCAGGGAUUAGUAUAAUCUGAGGAGGUUACCACAUAAUAUACUAAGAAUAAAACAGCUGCAUCUGAAGCUCAUGAUUUCACCUGUUUCAAGAGUUAUUUCAGCUUGUGAACUGCACUUCUAGAGCAUUAACUGCAUCUCUAGCCUUCCUGUACUGUGCUACUGCUGUGAAGGCUGAUCCCAUGUGGACAGGUUGAACAUGGCAAAACUAGUCUCUUUGUUGUGUGGAUUCUUGUUUCAUCACCAUCACAUGAUGGAAUGUACUUUCUUUAACACAGUGUGAUGUGUGUAUGUAUUUAUGCUAUGUAUAACUGUAUAUUGAUGUAGUGUGAAUAUUCAGAAAGAUAGCUUGUACAUAAAUAUGUUUAGAUGUAAAGAUGUCAGUGAAACUGAAGCAUUCUGAUUCUACAUUUGACUUGACUUCAAAUAUAGAUAAUAUUUAAAGAGUUAAGCGCUCUCAUACCUGUGCUCUUCAGAAGCUGCUAACUGUAAGUUAGCUGAUUGUGUGUUUAGUCAUUCUAAUAUGGUUCAUGACAUGUAUUAAGAUUUGUAAGCAUUAUUAACACUACUAAUCAAAUAUUUGAAACAGUAUGAACAGCAGACCUCAUUUUUCAGAUGCAAGAGUUUGUGAAACAGCCCUCUGAGGAGCACAUGAUGACAGCAUAUAUGAAUUCUAUUUUAUUUUCCUUUGCAGAAAAUAGAUAAUUAUGCCUUCAAAAUGUGCAAAUGUUUAAUACAGUGUUUUUGAUUUGUUUUGUUUCCAAAGAUUUGUCGCUGUUCAUGUGUUUAAUUCUGUGCUAUUUAUUUCUUUUUCACCUGUAGUGUUUUGUACUUUUCUGUUGUAUGUCUCUUAGUGAUAGUGUUAGAUCAGGGUAUGGUGACAGAGUGAGAGCACUACAUAUCAACUUGUACACUGCCAGCUGUCCUCAGAGUGCACCUUUCAUUUCUGUCUAUUGACUAUUGACCAACAGUGAGUUUGUGAGGUUCAUACUAGAAUGCCUGAUGGCUUUUGAAUGGCAGCUUUCGGACUAAUGCAAUGUAUGUAAAAUUAUAACAAUUUCUGCCAAAGCAGUCCCUAACAUGUUUUAUGAAGCACUGAUGAAAUGCUGAUGCAAAAUGUUUUUGUUUUUGUGUGAUGGCAGAAUGGAUGUUGUUUCUAAGACUAUUUAUAAAAUCUACACAUUGACAUUUUCAAAUUUAAAUACAUAAAGUUUUCAAAAGCACAAAGUGUCAGCAAUAUGAAUGAUUGUUUGCGUAGUAGUGGCUAAAUUUAUUGUGCAAUGUCCAGUGGUGCGUGUCUGAAUUAUUCUGAAUGUAUGUUUUUAUGUAAACAUUUGCUGCUUUUGUUGUGGGUAACUAUGUGCUGCAUUAACAUUCUUAUUUUAAAUUAAAAGACUGAAAUAAGUUGA